UCUGAAGGAAGAAAAAAGAAAUAGAAAACCAGGAAGUUAAACGGACGAGGAAACGCACCCGCGGUGCCGCAGCGCCUCAAGUCCGUUAAAAAGCUUAUUUAUUUAUUUAAAUAACAGUCUCAACUCAAAGGGAAGAAUAUCCAUCAGAAGUGGUCGACGGGCUUUGUUUCCAACACGAUGGAUUUCGAUCCGGAGCGGGGAGGAGAGGCGGCUGAGCCACAGGACAAGGUGCAGCACUUGAAGGAACAGGUGGAUGGAGUCAAGAACAUCAUGACGCAGAAUGUGGACCGGAUCCUGGCCCGAGGGGAGAGACUGGAUGACCUGAUGGGCAAGUCGGAGGACCUGCAAGCUGGGGCUCAGCACUUCAAGCAGACGUCUCAGAAGGUGGCUCGCACCUACUGGUGGAAGAACGUGAAGAUGGUGGUGGUCAUCGUGGUGAUCGUCCUGGUCAUCGUCCUCAUCAUCAUCCUGCUGGCCACCGGAGUGAUUCCUAUCAGCACCCCCGUGCCGCCUAUAGUCAACCCCACCACCAAGCCAUGAACCCAUAAACACACACCGGUACAAAUAACCUAAACACAAUCCUAAACAAACAGUUUGGUAAUGCACAGUAUGUAAAGUAAAGUAAUAUAAUUAAUAAUAAGUAGUUUCCUCAGGUUACCCUCGUGCCUUUAUUGGACCUCAAGGACCAAGGAACUUUAAUGGCACAUUGUAGCUUUUGAAACCCUCUUAGAAUAGAAUCCCAUUGUAGCAAUAUUUGAAUUAGUGGGAAAUCAAACACGGGUGUCUGGAGGUGUGGCGUCUUUGUGUGAAAGCGGCACAAACACAGUUCCUGUUCUCAAAGGACGCUGCUGUCCAGCCGCUCUCUUUGUUUCACUGCUCCACCACCAACGCUGAUUUCAUCCUGUCAAGGAGAAAGUCACUUUAAUGUGUGCGUGGAAGCAAAUGAUGAACGUGGAUUUCUCCAGUCUCUUACUAGGUAUUCUUUUGGUCUCGAAUGUUAUCACUUAAGCACACCUUUUUUCACGAGGAGCCGCUACCAUUGUUCGAAAGAUGAAUAAUGCAGGAAAUCGGGAAACGUCUUCUCGCUGACAAUUUUAGGUCACACUAUAUUUGAGAACAGCGCUGAAUUGUCUGUUACCAUUUGUGGGCGUCGUCUCUUUUCAAAAGAACUUCCAAUAUAUUUGUAAUCAGACAUCUCGAAAAAAUAAUUCUCCAUAGGCAUUCUUUUAAAUUAUUUUCAGACGUGUUUUUGAAUGUGUACUGCUUCUUUGGUUCUUUUGGAAAUAUUGUAAUUUGCUCCUUAUUUGUGUGGAGGGCUGUGUUUUAGGGGACAGUACACAGUCAACGCUUAUCAAACCGUAGUGAACUGUGUUGAGUCUGAAUGCUGUAAACCAGAGUGCAUCUUCAAUUGUUUGUCAGAUCUUGAUUCAUGUUAUAAAACAUAACUGAUGACGGGAUGUGAACUUUGUAAACACCCAACAUUUGCAGUUGUGCGUUUUCCACCCAUCUGCACUCUGCAGCGACAUCCGCCUUUUUAACAGAUUGCAUUUCCCCAACUGCACUUAAACCCCGAUGCUUCGCAGUUUAAGUGCAGGACUUUGUGUACUCUAGAGUUCUGUUCCCACACUUCUAGUUUUUGGAGGAUCAGGCACCUGCAGCCUACCAGCUGGGAGAUCAACGUACCCCCCCCUUCGUGCUCCCCCCUGCUGGGUCCGCGUCAUCCAGUAGACUCCCACAGUGCCGAGCUUCCCUCUACGCCCACUAUCAAGUGUAAAUAGUCAAAGUCUCACCGUUCUAUAUAUAUAUAUAUAUAUAUAUAUUCUCGUCUGCCUCUGACUGAUGCGUUAACUGUUCUUUUAGAGGCUAUUUAUUUAAUGCUUUGUUUCUUUUUUUUAAUCAAAAGUGAACCAAUGAAGGCUGUAUGCGAUUUCUAUAAAAAUGGUUACUACAGAAUGAUUGAUCAUAAAGUGGUAGAGCGCAACGGCUCCUAUGUUAAUCCUUUUCUGUCUGUAGGUCUAAAGAUGAGGCUGUUAGUUGUGUUUUUAGCAUGACUCUGGGGGGCAGAAGCUGGAUUCUCUUUACCUGUUGCUCCACCAUCACGUUGCUCAUCACACAGGCUGCAGCCGGAGUCUUCAACUGGCAAUAUACACAUUCCCUAAAUAGAUGAACAACCGGCCUCCUGCUCAGCUUGUGCCAUGUGCAUGAAUGUUUUGAUCAAUGGUUUUAAUGGUUUAAUUAGAAAUAAAUAGUAUGUUCGCUCUACGUUGUUGUCCUCUCAUUUGCGGUUUGUUAAAGAGCCGCAAGGUGGCGUUACUGUGUUGUCAUCAACAAAGAAUAAUGAGAGAACCAGAUUCUGGAAAUGGUCCUUUUUUGGUCUUUGGUAAUUAUUCAUUUCGGAUUUUUUUUCUAUGUUGGAGAAAACCCCACGACAGGGAACCUCUGGUAUGUUUUUCCUUCUAGGUUUGAAACAAAACAAAAAACUCCAAGAACUGUCACAGAAAAAUGUAUAAAAGUCACCUUGACAUUUCCUUCUGGAUGGAAGUGAUCACACCAACCAAAGGCCAUCCACAGAAACCUCUUUGUUAAAAGCCUUUGUCAGGAUAUCUGGAAUGUUCUUGUGUUCAUUAAUAUAUACAUUAAAGAUCAGUUGAAACGUUA